UUUCAAAAUACUCGUUGGUAUCGCUCAAAAGAAAUGGGAGAAUCUUCAGAGAAGACGAAAAACGAAGCAGUGAAGAUAAUCGAAACAUUCCAAAUUCUACCAAAACUAGUCGUUUUCGAUCUCGAUUACACUCUCUGGCCAUUCUACUGCGAAUGUCGAUCCAAACGCGAAACGCCAUCUCUCUACCCUCACGCCAUGGGAAUUUUGUUAGCUCUCAAGCACAAAGGAAUCGACAUUGCAAUCGCUUCUCGAUCGCCAACCGCAGAUAUUGCAAAGGCUUUUCUCAACAAAUUGGGAAUUACCUCAUUCAUUGUUGCUCAGGAAAUAUAUUCUAGUUGGAGUCAUAAAACGGAUCAUUUUCAGAGGAUUCAUUCGACUACUGGAGUUUCGUUUCAGGAUAUGCUCUUUUUUGAUGAUGAGAAUAGGAACAUCCAAGCGGUCUCCAAAAUGGGAGUGACUAGCAUUUUGGUUGAUAAUGGAGUAAAUCUUGGAGCCUUAUCUCAAGGUCUUACACAGUUUUCGCGCAACUCGAAUACAUCACAGAAGAACAAGCAGAAAUGGCUUUCCAACUAUUCUAAAAAGCCUGAUUCUUCCAAUCCCGCCCCAUCAAAUUCAACAUCCACGUAAAAUAUUUCUCUGGAUUUUAUUUGAAAUCUUGAUGAAUUUGAAUGUAUGUUGUAAUUGUUAUUACUUGAAUGAUAGUCUAAAUCAAACUACUCGAUCAAUACAAAAGCUAGGUAGCUUUGAAGGCACCGCCUUCAUUUUAACGUAACGUUAUAAUGGCCAAAGAUGUUAUCUUUGUCGUGUAUUAUGUUGUUGUAUUCGGCAUUAAUGUUACUUUGCGUCGUGCUAGCUCUGCUGUCUAUAUUGACUGUGUUGAAGAACACAGAAGUUUAAUUGUUUUGUGUAUGGAUCCCAACGAAGACCAAUCUCACCUCCAUUUUUUAGGGUACUUCUGAUUACAAAAUCUUUGGAGUACUUGCCCUUGAAAAUAUAGCUUUCUGAUGAAUGUCAUGGGUAAAAAAUUAGAGCGUGCAUGGAAUGUGGAUUUAGUAUCCACAUAACUUUAAUUUCUUUGUCGUGAACUUCAUCACCAGCAUCCAACACAUGUUACACAAACUUCUCUGCAAAAUUUCUAUCCAACAAGAGCCUGCACUCGUGGCCAACUUAACUCUCUUUCAGCACUUUGGUAAGAGUACAAGAACAAUCCUCCAAUAACAGGUAUUCGGAGUGGUUGUUGAUGCAAGCCAUAACAUGUGCAGAUUUGUUUUCUACGGGGUUGAAGAAUAUGGACUUCUUUUUUAAAGUUGUCUGCGAAUAUUGUUGACCUGUAUGAAAAAAUAUGUAUCGCCAAUGUGAAAAGAAAAGAUUUACGCUCAUCCAAUUGUUAAGAUAUCUAAGGAUAUAUUGGAAAUGAUUUAAUCAGAGUCCUUUGAAGCGUGUAAGAUUGAACAAAAUAAUUUUUUCACAAUUGGCUAAAUAAGAACGCU